AUGGUUUCAUCUUAAGAAUGUAAGGACUUUUUAAUUUUUAGUAAUAAUUAAAAGGAUAUUUAACAAGAAAAUAUACUAAUAAAUAUGAUACAAAUAAAACAGCUUUAAUGGAUAGGAUCUAGUAAGAAUUGUAAAAAAAUUGGAAAAUGGAUAGCUACUAUGAAUGGACAAGUUUUAGGAAGAGUUGGGGGAUAUUACUCUGAAAAUGGAAAAAAAUAAGGACUAUGGUAAAAUAUAAUUGAGAACUAUGAGGAGUAAUAUAUUAUUGAAAUUAUUUUCCUUAUAGGAUUUCAAAUAAUGUUUUAGAAUUUGGAAAAUAUUAUGAAGAUAAGAAAUAAGGGAUUUGGAAAUAUAAAUAUUUAAAUGAAUUAAUGUAAAAUAGUAUAUAUAUAAUUUUAGUGAUGGUGGAAUAUAUGAUGAAUAUGGAUUGAAAUAAGGCAGAUGGAUAGAUUUAAAUUAGAAAUUUUGGGAGUAUAAAUAAUGAGGAAAUUUCCUCUCAUUAGUUUUAGUUAAGUCAUUUAGGAAGGUUAAUAUAGAAAUAAUAUAAAAUUUGGGAGAUGGAAUAUAAAUUACAGAGAAUAUGGAAUGAAGAAUUUUGAAAUUGUGUAUUAAGUGUAAAAUGAUAGUUUUAUAAGUGGAUGGGGAUAAUUUGAAAAUGAUGGAUUAAAAAAUGGCAAAUGGAUUGAACUUAGUGAAAACUUUUGGGAGUAAAAUUAUUAAUUAAAUUAUAAUUAGUUUAUGUUAAAUUAUUUAUAUUGGUGAAUAUUAGAAUGAUAUAAAAAUUGGUUUAUGGGAUAUAAAUGUUAGAAGAAGUUUUUCUGAAUAAUUUAAAAAAAUGUAAAAAUAAACAAAAUAUCUAUAAGUGGUUAAGGCUUAUUUGAUGAAUAAGGCUUAAAAAAUGGUUACUGGACAGAAAUAAAUCAUAAUUUUAAUAGGUAGUUAUAUUUAUAAUAAAAUAUAAUAGAUUCAGUUAGAUUACUUAAAAUGGGGAAUAUUAGCAUGGUAAUAGAAUUGGAAGAUGGAGAAUUUAUUAUAGAAGAGAUUAUAAUGAAUCAUUAGAAAUUAUGUAAAAACUAGGCAAGAAUAAUUUUUAGAGGAGGUGGAUAAUAUAAUAAUUAAGGUUUAAAGAUUGGUUAUUGGAUAGAACUGGAUAAUCUAUUUUACAUGUAUUAUUAAUGAAGAGAUAUAUCUUUAUUAGUUAUAAUUAAAUCAUUUAUACAGGUUAAUAUUAGAAUGGAUUAAAAUAUGGGAUUUGGGAAAUCAAACAUAGAAGAGAAUAAUAAAAUUUUGAGAAAAUGUAAUAUAACUAUAAUCUUAUAAUGAUUAGUGGAGGGGGAUUAUAUGAUGAAAAAGGAAGAAAAAAUGGAGAAUGGAUAGAUUUAAUAGAUGAUUUUUAUUCGUAAUAUUUAUUAUUACAUUUAAAUAGGAAUAUAUCGUAUUCAGGUAUAUAUUAAAAUGGUUAUAAGAUUGGUAGAUGGAAUAUUUAUUGCAGAAAUAGUAGUGAAAAUCCUUUAAUAUUAUAGUAUACUAUAAAAAUUAUUAAAUUAGUGGUGGAGGAUAUUAUAAUGAAUAAGGAUUAAAAAAUUAUAAAUGGGUAGAUUUAUGUGAUAAUCGAUCUCUGUAUAUAUAAAUUAUUAAUAGCUAAAUAACUCUUAAUGGUGAAUAUUAAGAAGGUAAAAAAAUAGGAAUAUGGAAUAUCAAUUAUAAAAAAAGUAAAGAGAAACCAUAUGAAAUAAUGUAAUUAUAUAUAAAAGAUUAUAUUUUUUUAGUGGAGGAGGAUCAUAUAAUAUAUAAAUGUAAAAAAAUGGUAAAUGGAUUGAAUUAAGUAAUAAUUUUUGGGAGUAAUUCAACAUUUUUUAAUUUUUUUAGUUAUUGUUAAAUUACAUAUGAUGGAAUAUAUGAAAAUGGCUUAAAGCUUGGAAGAUGGAAUAUCAAUUAUAGAAAUAAUGGACAGAGUUAAUUUUAUGCUUUGUAUAUAUUUUCUUAAUAAACUACUCAAGUGGGGGUGGAAUAUAUAAAAAGUAUGGUUUUAAAUAAGGUUAAUGGAUUGAAAUAAGUGAUAAUUUUUAAGAGUAUAUAAGAUUUGAUAUAUAUAAAUAUAUUAGGGAUUAAUAAGUAGCUUAUUAAGGUUAAUAUAAUUCUGGAUUAAAAGUUAAUAGAUGGAAUAUAUUAUAUAGGGAUUAUUAUGAUAGUUAAUUCAAUAUAAUGUAAUACUGAAUCUAAUUAAAUCUUAGAGGUAGUGGGGCAUAUGAUGAUUUUGCCUAAAAAACAGGUAAAUGGAUUGAAUUGAGUGAAAAUUAUUCAGAGUUUUUAUUCAUUAUUUUAAAUUUUCUAGUAAUUUUAAGAUCAUCUAUCAUGGAGAAUAUGUAAAAGGAUUAAAAUUUGGCUUAUGGGAUAUCAUUUAAUAUAGAAAAGACAAUUAUCAUAAUGAGUUAAUGUAAGAUAUUUAUACUUUAACUUAUUAUAUUAGUGGAUAUGGAUUAUACAAUUCUCAAGGUUACAAAAAUGGAAAAUGGAUUGAAUUAAAAAAUGAAUACAAUGAGUAUUAUAUAUCUUAUAACAUCUAGAACUUAUUAGAACAUUUUUAUUGGAGUAUAUUACAAUAGCAAGAAAUAUGGAAAAUGGGAUAUUAUGGAGAGGAAUAUAAAUAAUAUCAAUUAAGAAUUCGAAAAAAUGUAAGUGAAAUAUAUUAUAGUGUAGAGGAGAGUAAUAUUUUAAUUGA